AGCAGCGAUUCAAUCAAUUGCAAGUCGUUGAUCAAAACAAUUUAAAUCAGGACAAGAAAAUAACGACACAACCACUGUUAACAAUUGAUACCAAAAAUUGGUUCCAAAUUGCAGUUGAUAAAUAUAAUCUAAAAGAAAUAACUUAUGCCGAUUUGGGAGCACUGAAAUAUGUAAAUCGUGGUGCAUUUGGAAAUGUUUACUGUACUUCUUGUAACUCAAUACCGAGUGAAAAGGUUGCCGUAAAGGAAAUAUAUAUUUCAGAAGACGAUGAUGAAAAAGGAAUUAAAAUGUUUCUUAACGAG